AUGCAUGAUACGAUAGUGCGUCUGGCGGACGUCUGGAAGACUUGCAAUAAGAUCCGCGCUGCCGCGUUCCGAGUGGGUCUUAAUCUAUGGGACUGGUAUCGACCGUUGGAUCCUGAGGGGAACUCCCUUAUUUCUGAGUCCAAGUUCGUGUCAGUACUAGCGGGUCCACUACGCUCGGUCCUCGGCCUGUCAGACGCUGAAGUCGCUCAGGUUGCUGAUUACUUCCGCGCGCAGGACGGCCGCGUACUCUACCACCAGCUAUGCCAGAUCAUACAUGGCGAAGAUGCAGGAGGCCGCGAUAAGACUUCAGCAGACUGUAUCCUGGAAGCAUGCCCGCCAACUCCAGAACCCGAAUGUCACAAGUUGGACCAGUGGCAAAUGCGUCGACUCUGCUGCCUGCUUGCCACCAUUGCACAGCGCGACCUACCGCUGAAGCCUUACUUCCAGGAUUAUGAACUUGUUGCUAAAAAUGAUGGGCGUAUUACCUUCGCCCACUUCGCCCGCAUCCUGGACUACAUCGGUGUGAUAGUUACCCCCGAGGACUUCAAUCUACUGGUGCGCCGGUUCAUCAAGGACUCCUACACUCUUGACUAUGUGGAGUUCAUCAAACAAGUCCAGGCUGUUAAGAACGAGGGCAUCCUGGGACUUGGACCGGCUUUCAACCACCCCAAAGCAGUCAUCGACACGACUCUUCCCAAGCUGGUCCGACCGGAAAUAGAUGCUGGGAUACCUGCAGCGAAGUUAGGCCCCUCAGACGUUUUCCACCCUGCGCUGGAACCGCCAAAACCGACGCGCAACCUGCUUGAUCUGAUGAUGCGCGUCCAGGAAUUUGUGCUGCAACGCCGGAUUAGAGUCUCGGAAUUCUUCAGAGACUACGACCCUCUCAACUGUGGUCGCAUAGCCCCUCAGCAGUUCCGUCGAGCGCUGGACGCUAUAGGACUUGGCAGCAUCAUGACUAACAGCGAGGCCCUGUGCAUCUUGCGCCACUACGUGGACCCGAACGAUCCAGAGCGUGUCUGCUGGCGGACCUUUGAGGACGAUUGUGAUCAAGUAUUUGCAAUAAAGGAGCUGGAGAAACAUCCAAACGUGCUGGCCGGAGCCGCUGCGGAGGCAGUCGCCGAGCUGCCCCCUCGGGGGUCCGCGGCAGACCGCGGGGGACAACCGGAGUAUGAAGUGGAUCUGGCUCAAACUGCGCUACUACGGGUGCGAGCUGCAUGCAAGGAGCGUUCCAUCGAUUUGAGGCCUUCCUUUGGGGAGCAUGAUGAACAUAACAACGGGCACGUAUCACGUGCUCAAGUGCGGCGCGUACUGGCGAGGCUUGGAGUACUGCCGGCGCCGGCGCAACUCCGCGCGCUUGAACAGCGCUACCUUGACGACUGUGGCUUCAGCUAUGUAGCACUGCUUGAGGAGUUGGAAGAGAGGCCAGUAGAGAGCGCCACCAUCGCGGGCCCGUCGGUGGCCAUGCGCAAACCGCAGGUCCGCACUGCUUUUGACCUGCGCGAGACGGACAUUGUUCAAAUCCUCGCCAAGAUCAAGGGCAAGAUGGUGCGCGAUGGCCUGCGUCCACGAGAUUUUAUUUCCCAAUUCGACAAACAACGGGAGCUGGUGGUGCCGCGGCCAGAUUUCUACCGUGGGCUGGCUACCGCUGGCUUGGCUCUUACACCGCUUGAGAUGGACACGCUGAUGGAGGUGUUCUGUGCCCCCGGUCGUCGGCGCUACAUAGAGUACGAGAGAUUCUGCGCAACCGUGGACGAAGCUCUUACCCAGAGCGGAUUAGAACGAGCCCCUUUGCUAGAACCAGUGCCGCAUAUUCCCACGGUGGACUCUCCGCUCAACUACCUCAACUUCGAGGAGCGGAACGUAGUCGCAGGCGCUCUUGCUAAGCUGGCUAAGUUUCCAGAUCAGUUGUCAAAUAUACUCGAGGUUUUCAAGGACUCUGACAAGCAGCGUUGUGGCACGAUACCACGCGUUUCAGUGGAGCGCGCUUUGUGCCAGCGCGGUUUGCUCUCGCUUUUAUCAGCUCGCGAAAGAGAUCUCAUCUACAAAUGCUUCGGUUACAGGAGAGGUUGUGGAGAAGAGGUAAACUACAGAGGUCUGUGCAAUGCUCUUGACGUCCUGCAUGCAACUUCAAGCGUGCAGCCAUGCUGAGCUGAUGCUAAUUUCCUGAUAACCAUGUGUUAUGUUCACAUUUCAAUAAAACUAUUUUCAAAUUUA